AUGAAAAAGAUUUGUGAUCAAAAGAUAUUUAUUUUUAUUAAAUGUUAUGGUCUUGAAAUGACAAUUUUUAUUGAAUUUGAUAGUGUUCAAAUAUAUAACAAUUUUGAAUGUGGUGGGUCACUUGAAAUUGAAUUGAAAAAUGGUACAUUUUGGCAAAAUAAAACAGAUCAAUAUCCACCAUGUAAAUCAUUUUAUGAUGCAUCACAAAGAAUUUCGCAGUAUAAUAAUUAUUUAAAAAAAUAUAGAAAUGUGAAAACAAUAGUUUUAUUAAAUUAUGAUUGGAAAAAUGUAAUUUUAAAACCAUCUGCAGGAUUUUAUAUUCAAAAUAAUUGUUUCUUUCAAAUUAAACUUUUAAAUGAUACAAAUUCAAAUACAAUUUCAAUUGAUGGUCAAAAUUUAAAUUAUUAUAUUGCGUUUAUUACAAUUGAUUUUAAUGUAAAUAAUGAAUUAUAUUGUGAUGAUGGUGAACAACCACCACAACAAACACAACCACCACAACAAGAACAACAAGAACAAAUAAUUAUACCAGUAAGAUUUAAAUUAGAAAAUUUUAAAUUAAUAAAUUUUGAUAGUGAAUUCAUAUUGGUUCAAAAAAGUUAUAAAGAAUUUAAAUUUAAAAAUAAAUAUCAGUUUGUUUCAUUUCAAUUAAAUUCAAUAAUUACAAGUAAAUCAAGUUUUUUAUAUGAAAGUACUUUACAUGAUGAUGAUUUUCAAAUUCAAUAUUUAAUAAAUGAUUGUCAUUUUUCAAAUAAAUCUAGUGAAAAUGGUUUUAUAAUAUUAGGACAUGACCCAUUCAUUAUUAAUAAUUGUACAUUUAAUAAUAUAAAAUCAGGAUUACCAAUUAUAUAUAUUGAUAAUUUAUCAAUUACCAAUUGUUCAUUCAAUAAUAUAAUAGUUAUUGGUAAUAAUAAAUCUAUCAUUGAAGUUGCUAAUUUUGGAUCAUUUAAUAAUAUAAAAUUUAAUAAUUUUACAAGCCAAACAUUAUUAUUACAAUCAUUAGAUUCAAUUACAUAUAAUGAAAGUUCAUUAAAAUUAUCAAAUAUUCAAAUAAAUAAUAAUAAUAAUAAUAAUUUAUUUAAUAUUAAUUUUAAAAAUGAUAAUAAUUAUUUUAAUAGUUUUGUAGAAUUAAACCAAAUUUUUAUAAAUAAUUCAUUAAAUAAUUUAAUUUUAAUUUUAAAUACAUCAAAAUCAUUUAUUAUUGUUGAUAAUGAUUCAUUAAAUACCUUUUUAUUAAAUUCAAAAUUAUUAUUUAAUGGUACAAAUAAUAUUAUACUUUUAAAUAAUAAAAAUUAUUCAACUAUUAAAGAACAAUUAGAAUUUAUAAAUAAUUUAAAUAACUGUACUAAUUGUUUAUUUUCAAUAAAUGGUCAUAAUAUUAGUACAACUAUAAUUAAAAAAGAUUCUUCGGAGUUUAAAUUAGAUGGUGAUUCAUAUAAAGAAAACAAAGGUUUUAAUAAGAUGUUUUAA